CGAGCCCAAAGAUGAUCCUUUCGGGGGAACCUCUCGUCACUGUCACCACAUUCAACUGUAGGUGCUAAAUAUGGACGAGAAAUAGGAGUCGGAAUGUAAAGGCCGGACAGCUACAGAGCACCUGAGAUACUAUCAGUGCCGAUGCUCCAAGCGGCGUGGAGGCCUAUGCUGGGACUGUUUCCUCGCUUCUCGAUGACAUGGCAUGUCCGCCAAGCCUCGUCCGCAGAGGGGCGCUCGAGUGUGAGCGACGGUCAACGCGUUCGGCGCGCGCUUCCUGGCCGCUCCCGAGCGCAUCCCAUACCACUGACGCUCGGCUCUUGACUGCUUCGCCGAUGGCUCGCGGGAAUUGCGUGGUGCUGAAAAUAAUGUCGAUGCCGGCAUUUCCAUGCCAUUCCACCAGAAUCACCGU